AAGUUUGUGGCUCACACAUAACCUGCAUCGCCAGCAGGCCAGGCGACAUAAUUUUACUUAGUCGAUAAACUUGAAUUUGUUUUUUUCGUUUUUCUCUUUUUGAUUUUGGACCACGUGUCGGCACUACUAGCUAGAAUGGCACCCUAUACCGCAGGAAGUCGUAGCAACAAUCAGGGCGGCCAAGUCCAAAGCCUUGCCACAGGUAGUCCUUUAGCACCAGAAACUGCUACGCAAUUGACCAAAAACCUAAGCGCUACUAGCACCACGACCACAUCCGCGCUGUACCCUACUAGCAGCCUUAACUCCAGUGUUAGCAACUUAGAACAGCAUCAAACGUUGCAGUCCUCAGACCUCCAGUCCUCGGGUGGAAAUUUGUUGGGAACCAAUACCGCUUCAGUCGCUAGCGCUUUUUCCUCCGGAACAGCUGGUGAUCAGCACAGUACUGGUGGUCAGCAGUACCACAAUAAGAAUCGUGGCUACAACAAAAAUAAUCGUGACAACAUGAGCACCGUAGGGAGCAACGUUGGCAGCGCCUCGGGAAAUCUGAAAGAUGACCCGUCCGAGUUUUUCAGCUUGAACAGCGCACUGGUGCCGAAGUUGCAGGUGGCAGACCACAAUCUGGACGCCAACAAGGAGUACCCGCUGCGAUACCCCUGGAUCUUGAGUGAGAUGGCAGAUAUCAACUGUAAGAAUGUCUGGGUCUGGAACAUUCUGACACUUGUCAUGCACGUUUUGCAUGGACCCUGAUGUCUGUGAUGCACGCCCUAGCACCAUCACAGAUUUUUUCAGAGCUUCUUGAUGCCUAUUCCGCAUGACAAAUGCCCUCUCCGCGUAGCAAAAACUACAUUCCUUGUGGUACUCAUGCAAUACAGAUUUUUCUGGAAUCCAAGUGCAGCAUGACAAGUUGCAUUCUUCCAGACUCAGACAUUUUUACAUUCGAUAGCAGAGUCAGGAAAGAACAAGCAGUGGGACAAGGACGGAAUUCAUGAGGUAUAUAUAUUUUUUGGAUACAGGAGAACUUCUCAUGCGCCACACGCUUCGGUACUACGCUUUGUGAUGCAUAAAAUCAAAAGAAACCCCACAAAAAAUGAAACCACUGUAGGUUGCGAAAAUCGAUUCGAUUGCUUCUUUCUGGAAGUACUGGAACUUCCUGCCGCAGCCCAGCGAAUUAUUGCUCGGAAAAAGAUUAAUCUCCCAACGGGAUGGUACCAGUCCGGUCAGUUGCGUCAUGCUUUUCCGAGCCGGAAUCAAGCCAGCCUGGGAAGACCCGCUGAACAUGGUAUUUGUUUGAUAACUACACAACUCUAUUUGAUGUCCGACCUGGACCUCUGCGGCGGACCGCUAAGCGUCUGCAAGAACAGGAGAAGCCUUGGUUGGCAAUGUCAUUGUAUUCUGCAUUAGAACAACUUGUAUAACAUGCUUGCCAACUUCUCGUUCCGUACUCGGAGCUGCUGUCUCCUGUAAAGAUGCAAAGUCAAAGAUCCGAAGAUGAGUCCAUAGAAGUACUACGUUGCAGCACUAACGGAACACUACAGAAUGGCGGAGAGUUCCAGUUUCGGUUGAAGAAGUUCACGUUCCAAGAGAACGCUGCGUUGGCAGAUGAGUACUGGAAUAACUUGGUCCUUAUGCAUUGCAAAUAUGUCUGGGUCUGUAAGAGUGUAACUUGUCAUUCUGCAUCUGGAUCGUGGAAAAAUUUGUAUUGCAUUCACUUUUGAACAAGUUUAGAGGCAGUUUCUCAUGCAGGAACGGCAUGAUAGAGAUCUCAGUCUCACAGAACCUGUCAUGCUAGGCCGUGCAUGGCAGACCGCGUGGGUCAUGGAAAACCUGCAUGACAAGGCUACCAAUCUUCAUCCAGACCCAGACAUUUUUACAUUUGAUAGUCCUGGGCGUUUUGGGCGGCCAAAUUCAGCCGAGUUCUAUGAUCACGGGGCUGCGAUUAGUCGACCGAUUGGAAUACGCCAAGACCGCGGCAGUGCUCAGGAUCGAGGUAGAUGAAAUUCAAAUUUUGGUUUGGCAACCUACUUUAAUAUAACAGGAAGCUACAAGAACACUUGUGAUGCAGCUUCUGGUGCAACGCGUCUUGUCGUGCAGCUUUGUCGUGCACCUACAAGAACUUGUGAUGCAGCUUUGUCGCGCAUUUAUUUCCGUACAAAUAUGGUCGAGGAAGUUGUCAUCCACCAAAACUCCAAUGACCACAAACAGGUUUGGUUCACGGACAAGACAAAGAUGGACUCUUACGAUGCCCCGCAAGACCUGGACUACUAUGAAAGUGCACAACUCCCCCUCCCUUUCAUUUGUAUUGCAUGAACAGCAAUACAAGCGUCAGCAAGAACACAGGUUUUGCAUGACAGAUUUGAACUGGAUUGUAGUGCUAUUUGGGCUACCUGAACUUGUCACGCAACCAGUGCCGAGAGCCAAGGCGUAAAUUAGGCAUUUCGCAUGACAAAUGAGGGGGAGGGGGAGUUGUGCACUGUCAUAACUAUCACGCGCUGAUCAACAAGUUGAAGAAGUCCGUCGAAAACUGUAUGUUGACGAAGUUGAACGGAGAAACCAGAAAGGAGAAAUUGUACGGGGACGUGAGCACCAACAUGCACAACCAGGGGCACUAGAUAUUAACUCUUGUAAACGAUAGACUAAACAACCGCCACGCCGUUGCCGGAACAAGAACGCCGUCACGAACAUCAGGAGCUGGUGCUCUACAAAUAUAUAUGAGCUGUCAACGCAUAAGAGGAGCUACUUGUUUUCGCGGUCGCGCACCACUUUACUAUUACUCAGAUUCUGAACAAAAAAUGCCACUCGCCAAAUCGCUUAAAUUACGUGAUUUACCGUGGAGCUCCCUUUCGUAUCACACAUUCUUCAUCUUGCUUGGUUUUGCUAUAUACCAACUCCAACGCGGCUGAGGCUGACGCAGACGCAUCACAAAAUAAUAGCAGCUCUGCCAUCCAAGAAAAAACAAAAUUAUAUAGCUGCAACCACACGCAAGCAGGUAUGCAUAUUUUUCAAUGAACACUGGUGAUUCAGAAUGGCGAAGCGGUAUUCAUCACUCAAGUUGCCUUUUUCUGUCCGUGAGGAACUUUUCAUGGGUCAGAAAAUCUGCAGGUUUCACCUAAACUUCAUGCGCAUGAACGGCGGGAAGCCUGUUUCUACGAAUUUUUCCUUGGUUCACCCGACUUUAUCUACCCCUCUCACCUCACCUGCGAAAAAUGAAUGAAAAUAAAGCAUGACCAUGUACGCUGCAUGACAUGGUGCAACGAAGAUGGUAGUAGAAGGACCACGCGCAGGUGCUGUUCUACGUCGAAGCGGCGAGAUGUCGCUGUGAAAGUCUUCUCGUAUGUAGUUGAAUCUUCAUCUUCUUGCGCACCACCAGAUGUGUAGGUUGAUAAAAACGUGAUCCACUUUGUCUCGUCUGCUCUGCGGCCACAAUUUCGGUUGAUAUCAGUAUCACGGUGAAAACCUCCAUAAGUCCCGAAAGGAAAAACUUAUACGCUGGUCUAAUAGGUCGCUUCGAUCCUACUUUCUGUCUUUUUUUGAAGUUCGUUGUCAUUUUGGCCGUCGUUCUUCGCCCAGGUAAAAAUGAUCUGGAGGAAGAAGAUUUUGACAAGGACGAAAGGGAGUUCAUCUGGACGAUCUAUGAAAAUUUUUUGUUCCGUGGAUGUGUCUUUCUCGCCAAGUCGAGUCGAAACCUUCUCGAACGGUCUGAUGCAAUCCGAGCCAAGGCAACUUCAGUUUCUUGGAAAUCAAAUUCGUUUUUCGUUUAGUAGACUGGUGUUGAGAAGCAUGAAUUAUCUACUUUAUCGAUGAUCAUGUUGAACACGACAGAACAAAAAGAAGAGUCACAGCACACAAUUUCUGCCUGCCCCUGGCCCUGCCGAACAGAAAAUCAUACCGGCCGCUCUAGUAUUUCCCCUCAGGAGGAGCACCAGCAGCACUACAACCGUGCAAAAGUUGUAUCGCACUCGUAGUAAUCGCAGUCAUGCAUUACAAAUCUCGAUCCCAAGGCAAAACAGCAUGACAAACUCCAUUUCUCAUGCUGACUGAAUUUGUCAUGCGAUUUCUACUAGAAGCACGAUACUUUUGCAAUGCAUAUCAAAAACUGUAUGUUGACGAAGUUGAACGGAGAAACCAGAAAGGAGAAAUUGUACGGGGACGUGAGCACCAACAUGCACAACCAGGGGCACUAGAUAUUAACUCUUGUAAACGAUAGACUAAACAACCGCCACGCCGUUGCCGGAACAAGAACGCCGUCACGAACAUCAGGAGCUGGUGCUCUACAAAUAUAUAUGACCUGUCAACGCAUAAGAGGAGCUACUUGUUUUCGCGGUCGCGCACCACUUUACUAUUACUCAGAUUCUGAACAAAAAAUGCCACUCGCCAAAUCGCUUAAAUUACGUGAUUUACCGUGGAGCUCCCUUUCGUAUCACACAUUCUUCAUCUUGCUUGGUUUUGCUAUAUACCAACUCCGACGCGGCUGAGGCUGACGCAGACUCAUCACAAAAUAAUAGCAGCUCUGCCAUCCAAGAAAAAAAAACGAAAUUAUAUAGCUGCAACCACACGCAAGCAGGUAUGCAUAUUUUUCAAUGAACACUCGUGAUUCAGAAUGGCGAAGCGGUAUUUAUCACUCAAGUUGCCUUUUUUCUGUCCGUGAGGAACUUUUCAUGGGUCAGAAAAUCUGCAGGUUUCACCUAUACUUCAUGCGCAUGAACGGCGGGAAGCCUGUUUCUACAAAUUUUUCCUUGGUUCACCCGACUGUAUUUACCCCUCUCACCUCAUCUGCGAAAAAAAUGAAUGAAAAAGCAUGAUCAUGCUCGCCGCGUGGUGCAACG